AUGCGGAUUAAUGAACACACCGCGGUCUCUUCAGCGAAAGUUCUCCUGGUGCCAUAUUCGGCGCACCAUGUCCCGAAAUAUCAUGAAUGGAUGAAAGAUCCGGAUAUCCAAGAAGCGACGGCUUCAGAGCCCCUGACGCUCGAUGAAGAAUAUGCAAUGCAGCGAAGCUGGCGCGUCGACCCAGACAAAUUGACCUUCAUCAUCUGCCGGUCGGGGGGAAGUCAAACCACGGCCCGCGACGGACGACGCGACCUUGACUCAAUGGUAGGCGACGUCAAUCUGUUCAUCUCAACCACGGAAGACGACGCGCAAAAUCAUCAGAUCGUGAUCGGCGAACUGGAAAUCAUGAUCGCGGAGCGGACCGAGCAAAGAAAAGGUUACGGCAGGGCCGCCUUGCUCACUUUCCUCAGCUACAUUAUACGCCACGAAUCGUCUCUUUUAACCGAGUUUCAUGCUGGACAGCCCGCGGCGGCUGCAGCUGCGGCGCCGACAUCGACGCCGACGCCGACGCUAGAUCUAACUCGGUUCACCCACUUCGCCGUCAAAAUUGGCGGGAGCAACCAUCGCAGUAUCGCGUUGUUUGAGAGUCUGGGGUUCCGCAAGACGAGUGAUGUACCUUCAUAUUUCGGAGAAUAUGAAUUGCGCCUGGACAGGGACCGAGUCACUAGUGUCCUAGACUCUUGCUCGAGCGGCGAUAAGACCCGUCUUCUAGAGGCAUACCAAGAAAUAGACUAUGUUUUGCCCACUGGCACGACGGGCAUGGAAUAG